AUGAAGGAAACUACUCACAAGGUUGCUGAAAACUCUUUGACAGCCUACGAUGACUUCUGGGAAGGGCGAAACCGGUCUGCCCAGGACCAGUGUCAUCUGGGAGGACUAUUACAGGAACACUUUGGUGAACGGCUGUUAUGUCCUCCCCUGCCCAAAUUCGAACUGGAUGAUGCCCAGGCAAAUACGAUCAUGGAGCGUUAUUACGUUUCUAUGGCUCCGUCAACCCUGAAUCGUCUUGAAGUUUCAGAUAGCUGUGCUGUGAUCUUUAUAUACUGCUCACUUGAAUGGGCUCAGUGGUUAGGGCACAAAUUUACUGACCCCAAGGUCCGUGGUUCGAACCCGACCUGUCUAAACUUAAGCAACCCGGAAGUAUCCCAGCCCUCGUGUUUCCUUCUGCAACCUCUGCCAUCCCCAGAAAGUAUGAAGAAUAAAAUUCUGCUGAACUUGACGCGCGCCGAGAAAGCGUUUGAAAAACAAGAUUCCCGCGACAAUUCAUCGUUUGACAAGACGGAAUCCGGCCAAGUUCAAUUGACUGUUUUCGUCACAGAUCCUGAAGGCGAAGAGGGCCACAUUACCGUUUUCACGAAACUAAUCACCACACGUGUUCCAACUCCCAAUUUGGACGACCCGAAGAAUGUGUUCAUCAGACUUCUGACCACUGACCAACCUGGAAUGAGAGACUGUCAGUGGACAACUAAGCGUAACGGGAAGCCGAUCAGUCGUUCAAACAAGAACAAGUGGGACCAGACUACAAUACAUGAAGCCAUCGAUCGCAUCCAACCGAACGAACCGUCCAAUUGGAGCAUCGAGCCCGAAAAAAACGACUGCUACGGCGAAUCUAUUCGGAAGCUUACAAGAACAAAUAUCGACGUGAUCGUUCUGGAAGACCGAGCGAUAGAAAAGGCCCCGAAACUGCUGGAAUUCCGGGGGACAAAGCGACUGAAACAUGAGGCGGCCUGGCGCAGCACAUUCAGUUGCCUGGAAACAUCACAAAUUAGAGAUUCAGCUGGGUUCCAGAAUAUAGAUCAUUUUGCCCUUGUCCAGGUUUCCGAUAAGGAACUUUGA